UGAGGCGCGCGCACCCACGCGGCAGAGGAAGCGCUCGGCGGAAGCGAUGAGCAGAUAAAAAAUACACUCGAGCGUGGGCAGCAUCGGGCCAACGCAGGCGCGGCCGAAGAGCAGGUGCCGCGCUGGAGCCCGUCGUCGCCGGCACUUCUUCGAGCAAGCGGGCGGUGAGCACGACGACGGCCAUGAUGUCGACCGAGAGCGGCGAGCCCCGCAUCACGAUCAGCGUACACACCACGACCGGGGGUCGCAUGCAGCUCCAGCUGCAGCCGCACUGCACCGUCGCCGCGCUCAAGAAGACGCUCUCGGCACGACUGCGGCUCGCCAAGGACCGGAUGGUGCUGCUGCACCGCAACAGGCAACUAAAAGAGGGAACACUGGACUCCAACAAUGUGCGCGACGGAGAGCGGCUUACACUGCUGCCUAGUGUGGAAACUGGUCUACAGGCCAUCAAGCCUGAACAGAGUGUCAUGCAAGCCCUGGAAUCAUUGACCGAUGCACAGGUGGAGAACUUCCUGUGUGGACGUGCCCCUUUGCAUCUGACAAUGCGCCUGGGCGACCACGUCAUGUUUGUCCAGCUGCAGCUGUGCCCACCAGUUGAGACGCCACCGGCCACACCCACCUCGCCCAACUGCCCCGCUCCUCCAGCCGCCACAGGGCCCCCUCCUGAGGCGGCAUCUGGAGGUGGAGCUGUCAUCGACCAGCUGCGCCACUUGGGUCAGGGCGUCUACUCUGGCAGCUUUUCAGGCACCCUGGGUCCCGAGCUCCAAGAUGGUGAGGGCAGGCCUCGUCGCCAUGUUGCCACUAUUCUGCACAUUCUUCGCGACCUGCUUGGCGCCAGCCAGGGCUGGCGUGGUCCUCUCACUCCAACGAGCGCCUCGGCUGCGUCGACACAAUCACCCACGGCUCCUUCUGCAGCUACCAGCGAUAAUGGCACCACUUCGGUUGUUGGCGGUGCCCAGCACCCUUCCUCGUCUUCUGCCUCGGGCAGCGGCAGUGAAGUGAUGGGUGGGGAUGCAACACCUCCGACAUCACCGCACUUCAGAGAUGCAACAAGCCUACAUCAGGAAGAGCAUCGGGUGCUGAGGGGAAAGUUGGACCAAAUCAGAGCGACGCUUCGCGAGAGGCGGAAGGCCAGGCGGAGGGCAUCACCCUAUCCGACACCCGCCAGCUCACCACCGGCAGCAUCGUCGGAUGAACCAGUCCUGGUGUGAGGAUGUGUCCUCGCUGCAGUGAGGAUUUGAUGAAACUUCCUUCCCACACCGGCCCAGCCUGACCGAAAUUCUCUCCCACCAAUACCCUCACCUGGUGGACAGUGAUGAUGUGGGCAUUUUGGAGCAAGUGAUGAAGUGAUUUACGUGCAGCGAUUUUGAUCGCAUGGGAAGCACAUUUUGUCCUUGGCAGUCCCAGAAAUGUCCCGUCAGCAGGAAUAGACGUGUACACUGUUCAUUAUUGUAAUGCAUGAUUGCUUGCAGCUGUUGCAAUAUCAUCAUGACAUGCCUGCUUUUAAAAUGUGUGGUUGCCUCUUGGAUGUGUCAGUGUGUGUGCUUUGAAAGUUGGAGUUUACCAUCAGGUGGUUCUGCUGCGGACUGGCAUGUUGAUCAUGCGGUGCAGCAUUUUGGAUGGCAUUCAUUCGAGUACCAUUCAAGCAAAAUUUGAAGCUCACUACUGGCAACCGGAAAGGCAGCCAAGCAGGAUAACCAUGAUGUUUUGGCAGCAGGGCAAGGAAAAAUGCGAGGAGGAGAGUGGGUGGGGAGAGCCAGCCAUUCGCUUGCGUGGUCUGUUCUGCAACCAAAGCAGGCCAACAUUUUGGCGCUUUCUUCCUCAAGGUGACUGGUUGUCUGAAAAUGUGUCAACGAAUCGUUGCACUUGCUUUUUACAAAAUGCGACAAGCCGGUACUUUUAGUGGAGGAAGUGCAUUAUGGUGACUACAGAUGGAACAAUAGGUGGCUUGCAGAAGGCAUGUUUGCACUGGCCCUUGUGAGUUAGUAGGAGCUGCACCUUCUAGUGUGUUUAAGAUACUUGAAAGUUCAUGUAAAUGUUGGCCGCUGCAAUCACUUCUCUUCACGUGUAGGGCACUUACACAGCGAGUUUUAUGGACAUAAUGUGUUCUUAAGGUAAUGUUUUGUUACAUGCAGCCUUGAAGCUAGCAGCUUUUGAUGGUAUCAAUAUAUAGGUUUUAGAAAAAAAAAAAGCGAGGCACACAUCUUAAAGCUAAUCAAUCUUAUUGUUUAGUUUUCAUUGGGUUUUAGCUGUUCAGUUACUUGCACAGUAUUAGGUGCAGUAGCACUGGCUAGUAGGCUAGCAUUAUUGCAGGUAUGACUUUACAGGUUAUCCGUAUGCACUCCUGAGAUGGCAGGUAUCUUUAUAGGGCAGUGCCUUGGAAGACUGCAAGCAACCUCCUGCUUUGGUUGUGCAACAGACAGCACGUUAGAGAUGCAAGCACGUUGAACCAAAGUUUGCAAGGCUGCGGUGGUGUCGUGCGAACAAACUACUGCUCCAAGGGAACAGAUGGCUUUGUUGAUACCUGCUUGCAAGCAUCACGACCCUUUGAGAGCUCUAUUUUUGUCUCAGUAUUAGAAUCUUGUCUCCCUUUACACGUUUUUGUUUUUUCUUGAAUUGUACACUUGAGUAUACUGUUAUGGCUUCAUUGUUCAUUUUUUCUUGCCUUCACACUUACGAGAACCGCACCGUACCUACCCGCAAAUCCAGUCAGUUUCCAGUUGUGGUUAGCAUCAAAGGAAGACGAGAUUGUCUAGAAGCAAUGCAGAGUCUUGUAGAGUAUUAGCUUGCAUGGUACUUUACCAAGUUCACUAUCUCUUCAAACUUGAACUCCGUCAUAGCUCGGUGAUUGCGCUGUCGCUUCCAGUGAACUGUGGGCUUUGGGUCUGACUUCAUGUGCUACAUACAUUAUGUAAGUGCCUCCAGUGGGAAGCAUAAAGGAAGUUGCUGUCCUGAACUCAAAUUGCAGUGUGUAGCUGAACAAGCUAUUCCUGCAACAAAAGUGUGCAGCGACUACAGACUACCCCUGUAACACUCUGCGAGAGCAUGGGAAGCGUAUUUGACAGGGCUUUCAGUGGUCCUAGUUACGGUUUCCAGGCUUGUGCUAGGCUGAGUGGUACUUAAUGGAUGUUACUCCGGUGUUUUUACUCUUUUUCUGUUCAUAAUUUAGCAGCAAGGGAUCGCACAGCCGAAUCUUGCUAAGUCACACUCGACAUCAAAAUACCUUUGUUAUAACUGAUAUUUGUUAUAGGCGUACAUACUUAUAUAUCUUGGGGGAAAAUGUGCAAAUUUUAGAUUUAGCGUGUUAUAUCCGGUAGUUUGUCAUAUUUGUGUUCGUUAUAUCAGGGUUCGGCUGUACUUUUCUCGGCAGUUGCUGUGAACUCUGAGGUUGCUGAAAAUUGCCGACCCAGGUAACAAUAUAAUAUAUUGGUCUUAAUAUUGUGGCACAAUUUAACUGUCACACCUCGCAGUAUUUUCACAAAAAGAAAAGUCCACUUGCGGUAUUUUAAUGGCAAGAGAUAAGAGUAUACUCUGUCAAUAAAAAGCUUUUUUUUUUGUUCCGAUUAAUAUUUUGAGCUUGCUGCUCCAUGCAGAAUGCUUUUAACUCUUAAAAAGCCAAGUGUUAUUUCCUGUGCGACAUGUAAAACACACAAAUGCUAUUGAUGCGAUGAGCACAGUGAAGUGUCUGUUAUGACGGGGUUCAAUUACAACCAAGUAUUUUUUUUUUUUGCCACUUUUCGACUACACUGCUUUCUUGAGUAUUACAAACUUGAUAAAAAAAAAAGAAUUAAGCUGUAUUUGUGCACUGAUAUCCCAUUUCUGGCCUCUGCUGGCACCUUCCAGAGCCAUGUGUAUAUUUUGUCGGAAAGGUCAUGAACGUUUUCAUUUGUCAUCCUUGCUACCUCAGUAUUUUUUGGUUUAUGAGCUUAGCUGCAGUGCCAUGCACUAAUCCACACAUUGGCAAAAAAAGGAAGUGUGGUUUUGUGUCAAGUUUGCACAACCGAACGCUUGUUGCAGACCACAAUACAUCGUAUUUCGAAAGCCUCAAUGAAUGUACCCACUAGUCAAAAUUCAUUUGUAAUUGUGACUGAAAGUGGUCACCACAUAUGGCCAAUGUGUAAACUGUGUGCUACAAAGUUGUGGGUUGCGAGCGACUUGUAAAGUGUUCCAUGUUAUAGCAAAGGGGCAUGCAAGACAAAAAUGCCUUUUAUAUAUCCAAUUUUCGUUAUAAGCAUGUAUUCGUUACAUGCCGACAUUGGCAAGGAACAUUUCAAGUUAGCCUCGUUAUAUUUAUUGGUGUAUCAGUGUUCAUUAUGUUGAGGUUCGACUUACUAGUGAUGCCAUUUUUCAGGAUUUUCAUUCGAUUAUUUCGGGUAGCCUGUCACUGGCCGACGGUUCGGCAGCUCAUAACUGCUUGUUGCAGUCACGAAAAUUUUCAAAGGUAGUUUCUAUUUUUUUGGGGCUAGUUGAGCCCACUCUAUAAAUGGUCUUGCAAACACUGUCCAAACGCUAUGUUAACAGUAGCGUGGCCAGGUGGUUGGCCUUCGCCUGUGUGGUGAUGUGUGUGGCACUUAAGCACAUGUAGGAUGCCGGUGAUACUGGAAUGUUGCAGCAGUUGGCAAUAUCAACAACGAUCACAUGCAAACUCCACAAUGGCCCACGAAUGUACAGCCUGUGUUGUUCUUUCUUGGCAGUGGUCGACCAGUAUUCUGUUUUGUGUUCCCUUGUUUCACCCCGUUGCAGUCUGCAAGCACACAAGCGUCACUCCACAGAUUUCCUGUCAUAUUUUGGGAGUUUUCCGAUAGCAAAUAAAUGAACGUAUGCCUGGUCAACAACAUG